AGAGCGCGAGCGGGGCGCAUUCGCCUUGACGGGGAGCGUCCAGACGCAGCGCGCACGAGACUGGAAGUUCCCAGUUUAGUUGAAGUUUAACUUGCCCCGUCUCCAGUCACCGACCAUGCUCUCCGAGGGGGAAAGAGAACAAGCGGAAUAAAAAAAAAGAGAAAAAAGAAAGCCGGACUGGACGCGACUCAAUUAUGCUCCCGACUAAGUAGUUCACUGACUGGGGAAUGCGCUCCUGCGGGCGGUGGCGGACGGACGGGUGACUCAAGAACACACUGGUGCCUCUAUUUGCGUCGCGGGGAACUAACUCAUAACUGUUGUGAUGGAGAGCCACUUGCUGGCGACAUGGCUGCUGUUGUGUGUGCUCCUGCGGCCGUCGGCUACACAGGACACUGCACCUGAAGGAGUGCUGAACUGCUGCGAGGGAGACGUCCUCUUCUUGCUGGACUCCUCGGGGAGCGUGUCGUCCUACGAGCACUCCCGCAUGCUCGCCUUCCUGUCGGAGCUCCUUCUCCCCUUCUCGCUGGGGGAGGACCAGGUGAGGGUGGGACUCCUGCAGGUGGGCACCCUGCCGCGCCUGGAGUUUGGCUUCGACACCCACGGCGCCCAGAGCGGCCUCCAGGGGGCCCUGAGGAACGUCAAGCCUCUAAGAGGGGAUACCAACACCGUGGAGGCGCUGAGAAUGGCCAGGGAGCGGGCACUGAGACCCGGAGCGCCGGGUGGGGCCCGGGAGGGACUCCCGAGGGUGCUGGUUUGGUUGACGGACGGGGUGAAGCCGGGCGACGUGAUCGAGCCCAUGGCCGAGCUGAGGGAGGAAGGCGUGGCGGUGCUGGUGGUCUCCACCGGGCACAGCAACUACCAGAUGCUGAGGCAGGUGGUGACUCCGCCGGUGGAGAGCAACCUGUACUUUGUGGACAUCGACGAUAUGAGCAUCAUCACAGAGGACCUGCGGGACGCCAUCAUCGAGAUCAUCCGAGCCGAGCGCAUCACCGUCCGCGACGUCGCCACCGACUCGGCCACGCUGCAGUGGCGGCCCGUCCUGUCCGGUUUGACGGGCUACUACGAGAUCCGCUUCAGUUCGCUGUCGCCGGGAGAAGCGGGAGGCGGAGGAGGUGGAGGCGGAACCAGUCCGAGCACCAGUGGGGGUCAUUACCAGAGGCUGACUAAGUCUGCAGAGUCCAGCACUGCCAGGCUGACGGGCCUAAAGCCUGACACCACCUACACCGCCACGCUCACCCCGGAGUCCAACGAUCAGGCGUUUAACACGCUCUCCAUCACCUUUGCAACUAAGCCAGAGGUGCUGAGCCCCGCCGUGGUGACGGUCUCGGAGUUGGGGCUAACCAGCGUCCGGGUGAGUUGGGGUCCCUCUCAGCCGGAGGCGGUCACGAGCUACUACGUGGAGUACUCCGCCCUGCCCAGGGGCAAGCUCCACGCCGUCACCGUGGGCGGGACGCAGAACUCCACGCUCCUCAGGGACCUCCAACCAGACACCACGUACUUGGUCACAGUCAGCUCACGGCAUGCCUCGGGCACGGAAAAGGCGAUGUCCGUCAAGGUGUGCACUCAGGAAGUGACUCCGGCCCUGACCGACCUCCAGCUGACCAUGGUGGCCAGUGACUCGGUGCAGGUCGACUGGAGGAGCAGCCCGGGCGGUCUGAGGGGCUACUGGCUCACCUGGGAGGGACAGCAGAGCUCGGUCCCUGGCCAGCGCUCCACCCUCUACCUGCCUCCCGACUCCCUGUCCACGCGGCUCACGCACCUGCCCCCGGCGGCCAGAGUGUGUGUGUCGCCCAUUUACCGGACGGCGCGAGGGGAGGGGCUGUGUUGCACUUCACAGUUACCUUCAAACAUACUACCAUAAGGCACCCCCUGAGCUGCAAGUGCUCCCUACCAAACAUGGAGGCCCGAUGCAGGCAAAGAAGAAUGCUGACUUUUCUUCCAUCGCUCUUUUCCGUUGCCUCUCUCCCCUCUGUGGACGACAUCCAGGAGAGCUGUGUGGUUUUGGCUCACUGAGCACUGGUGUGGAAGCCAUAGACACGUGAGAGACAGUAUGGCCACAUGUUGACUGCUACGAAUGUGCAACACCGAGGACUAUUUGCUUUUUCCACUUUCUUUCUCAUCUUUACACCCGUAGUAAAUGUAUAAUGCUACAGAGUAAAGUUGCAAGCGUAAGAUGAAGAUUUUUCUUGGGUCUGUUUUUUGUAUUUUUCCUCGCAGAAACAGAGCAGGGCGUGCUGGGAAUGUUGGAUAUUUUAUGUGGCUUGUUCCGGAGAAGGGCUUUGCACCAUAUGUGGACCCGAUGCCCAAAUCAGCUUCUUUUAUUUUUUUUCUCCACUCCAAAUCCUGCUAACACACAGAGAACAUCUGAUGUACGUUUAUAAUGAAUACGUUUUACUUAAAUGACUUCGCUUUCAGCACACGCUUGAUAUUAGUGUGUGCGGUGCGGGAAUAACAGGGUCUCCAGGAUUGCUUUGAACGGAGCGUCCACAUGUCCCGUCGCUGCGGAGAUGCUGGGUUUUAUGUGAGUAGUUUCUGCCUGUGGGCAUGGAUCCAUAAUUCAUAUUUAUUAAUCAGGAAUCAUGUAAGCAUGAUAAUUAAUAGCGCACAGUAUUUAUAGACAUGCUGUUUACAUAGACUGUUACCUUCUUUUUAAGCGAGUCUCUGCUGCCCCCUGCUGAAAGGAUCCUAACAGGCUUACAGCUGGUAUCCUGGUAUUCUCAAAUGUGUUGUUUAAUGUUGGUUGACCACUAUUGAAAUCUAACAUAUGUAAUAGAACAAUGCAAUAAAGUCCUUUUAUAAUGUUGUUUGUACUAAGUAUAUGUAUUUAUUAUUAGAUAAUAAAUAAUGUAGUAUUGUGGACAGAUAUGGACAAACUCCACUGAUUUUAGGAGUCAUGAGGACUCUUUGAAAUAAUCUAGCAGCCAGAGUGGGUCCAAAGAAAGAGUUUGGGAAGUUAACAACUUUUAACCUGGUUCAUCUUAGUUUUCCUCUUCUUAAACUGCAGCACCACCAUGAAAUAACCAAAACAGUGGCUAAUAUGAAGACAAAUAUUGAUUUGUCAAUGUCUUUCCGAAAGUACCCGAAUGAGCGCAAAGAAGCAUUUUGGGCGGAAGGGAGGUGACAAUGUAUGAUAACGAAUGGUUAAAUAUCUUGAAUGUUUAGUACAACAUCAGAAAUAAAUGACCUUUCGUGUUAG